AGGUUUGUCCAGAGGUCAUCCAGUGGUCAUCCAGGGGUCAUCCACUGGUCAUCCACUGGUCAUCCAGGGGCCAUCCAGUGGUCAUCCAGUGGUCAUCCAGUGGUCAUCCACUGGUCAUCCAUUGGUCAUCCAGUGGUCAUCCAGGGGUCAUCCAGUGGUUCCUCACUGGCUGUGGUCCUGCUGAGGUCACACAAGGCAGGGCCUCAGCUGGUGCUGCUCUGGACAGGAGUGGUGACACUGGGAUUUCACCUCCCUCAGGAUCUCAUCUCCACCGGGAUCUCAUCUCCACCAGGAUCUCAUCUCCAUCGGGAUCUCAUCUCCAUCGGGAUUUCAUCUCCACCAGGAUCUCAUCUCCAUCGGGAUCUCAUCUCCAUCGGGAUCUCAUCUCCACCCGGAUCCCAUCUCCAUCAGCUCCUCGCCAGAAGUUGAUGGUUGGAUCCUCUUCCACCAGCUCCCCCACAGAAUUGUAUCCUGCAAGGACCUAAAUGCGUUGAAGUUCAUCCCACCAGGACCCAACUCCAUAGAAAUUCAUCCCACCAGGACCCAGCUCCACAGAAGUUCAUCCCAGCAGGACCCACCACCACCAGUUCUUCCACAGAAGUUCAUCCCGCCAGGACCCACCUCCACAGAAGUUCACCCCAGCAGGACCCACCUCCACCAGCUCGUCCCCGUGUCCCCAUGGAGGUGUGGCGCCAAUGUGCCCACUGGCUGGUGGCCGCGCGCGUCCUGCCCGCGGGCCACCGGGCCAGCAGCCCCGGGGGACAGGUGUGGGACCUGGCGCAGGCGCUGCGGGACGGGGUCCUGCUGUGCCACCUCCUCAACGCCCUCCUGCCCCGCGCGGUGCCACCCCGGGACAUCUGUCCCCGGCCCCAGAUGUCACAGUUCCUGUGCCUGAGGAACAUCCGCACCUUCCUGACCGCCUGCGCCGACAAAUUCGGGCUCCCCAAGCACCGGCUCUUCGGCGCCUUCGACCUCUUCGAUGUCCAGGACUUCGGCAAGGUGAUUGAGACGCUCUCAACGCUCUCCUGGACCCCCAUCGCGCAGAGCAAAGGACUCACGCCAUUCCCGUCUGAGGACAGCGUUGGGGACGAUGACAUUUACAGCGGCCUCUCCGACCUCAUCGAUGACACGGCCGAGGAGGACGAUGACCUCUACGACUGCGUGGAGGCCGAAGGGGACGACGGCGACGACGUCUACGAGGACCUGAUGAGGGUCGAGCCCCCCCCGGCCACGAAGGGGGGCGUGGACCGGCGGCUCUGCUGCCUCCAGGAGCUGCGGCAGACGGAGGAGAGGUACACGGAGACCCUGGAGUCCAUCUGCCAGCACUUCCUGCGGCCGCUGCGGCACUUCCUGAGCCCCCAGGACAUGGAGAGCAUCUUCAUCAACGUGGAGGAGCUGCUGGAGCUGCACCGGCGCUUCCUGGGGGAGCUGCGGGGGGCGCUGGGGGGGCCCGGGGGGGGGCGGGCGCUGCCCCCCCUGUUCCUGCAGUACAAGGAGAGGUUCCUCCUCUACGGCCGCUACUGCAGCCAGGUGGAAGCGGCCGCGCGGCGCCUGGACCAGCUCUCCUCCUGCACCGACCUGCGCAUGAAGCUCCAGGAGUGCUCCCAGCGCGCCAACAACGGGCGCUUCUCGCUGCGGGACCUGCUGAUGGUGCCCAUGCAGAGGGUGCUGAAAUACCACCUGCUGCUCCAGGAGCUGGUGAAGCUGACCCCGGACGCGGCCGAGCGGGAGCGGCUGCGGGGGGCGCUGGACGCCAUGAGGGACCUGGCGCAGUGCGUGAACGAGGUCAAGCGGGACAACGAGACCCUCAAGCAGCUCACGAGCAUCCAGCUGUGCCUGCACAACAUGGUGGGGACCCUCCUGGCGCAGUUCGGGCGCCCCAAGAUCGAUGAGAUGAAGGUCUCCAGUGCCGAGAAACGCUCCAAGGUGGACAGUACGGCUUCCUGCUGGGACAAGGCCCUGAUCAUCUGCAAGCGCCGCGGGGACUCCUAUGAGACCAAGGAUGUGGUGGACCUCCAGAGCCACCAACUGCACGAUGGUGGCCUCGGACCCCGCGAUGGCAAGAAGUGGUCCCACACCUUCACGCUGCUGGACGCGGCCGGGCUGCCGGACUACGAGCUCUUCUUCAAGACGAGCGAGCUGAAAAAGAAGUGGCUGGAGCAGUUCGAGAUGGCCCUGUCCAACAUCUUCCCCGAGCACGCCCUGGCUGAUGGACAUGACUUCCAGAUGUUCUCCUUUGAGGACACCACGUCCUGCAAGGCCUGCCAGAUGUUGCUGAGGGGCACCUUCUACCAGGGCUAUCGCUGCAGCCGCUGCCGAGCCCCCGCCCACAAGGAGUGCCUGGGGCGCGUGGGGACCUGCGGGAAGGCUGGAACUGAUCCUGGAGCAGGCGCACGGAAGAACAAAUCGGAGCGGCCGGGACCCGACAAGAAACGGGGGGAGCUGGGACUCCCCAAAAUGGAGAGCACCCAGGGGUACAUCGGGGUGCCCCCCCCCCCGGGGGUCCUGGCCCCCCCCCUGCGCCUCAGCCCCGGUGACGUCAUCGAGGUGACAGCGGCCGAGGCCGAGGAGCUCUGGUGGCAGGGUCGGAACGUGGCCAGCGGGGAGCUGGGCUGGUUCCCCCGAAGCGUCGUCAAAACCGCGCCGCUGCCGGAUCUCUCCGUCUACCCAUGGUCAGUGGUGGGACCCCGAAAUUUGCGCAACCCCAAAUUUCGCAACUGA